AUAAUAUCAAAGUUGACAUAUCCCCCAAAUGUUCAAGUUGUCACAAACGGGGCAAACUAUGAUGCAUUAUCUGCUUUUGUGAACGCUUUGUUGUCUGUGUCUUUAAAUAUUUUUUAUAAAAGAUUUUGCAGAUUACCUAAUAGUACUGUCAGAAAUCCAAAGUACUGAGACUGCAAAAUGUCUUGGGCAAGUAGUCUGCCAGAAGAACUUGUUUGCCGUCCAACUGGGCUUAUUUUCCUGACUGGUCUGGAUGUGACAUACAAUGCUGUUCACAAGUCAAUCUGGGACUCAUUCUGCAACAACCGGCGCCCAGAUAGGGUCCCGUUACAAUUCCAAGUGGUCAUGGGAGACCAUGAAUACCCGAAGUGUAGGACUAACAAGCGGCAGUCCUAUGAAUGGUACAUUCCAAAGGGCAUUCUGAAGAGUGGUUGGAUGAAGAAGCACCUUGGCCAAGUGCCGGCUGUAGUUGUUGUCUUCUACGAUCUUGAUUGGGACGAAGGCAUGUGGAAGGAAAAACAAAUGGAGUGUGCCACCAGGGUAGAGAUUGUCAGAAACAGCCUGCAGGGUCGUGGAACAAAGGUGUGUGUGGUGCUGAUCCAGAAGGCUGCCCCACUACCCCCAGGGGAGGAUGUUGUAGCUGCUGAGAGGGCUGCUGCCCUGUGUAGCUCCUGCGAGCUCUCUGCCAAACACCUAUAUGUCCUUCCACAGACUGACCACCUCAUUGGAUACACCAUCAGACUGGAGAAUGCCUUCUAUGAGCUGUCACAGGCAUACUACCAUGGUGAGUCACGCAAGGUGAAAUCCCACAAGGACUUCCUCAACAGGACCACACACCAGUUGCUGUUUGUUCGACACCAGUUUAAGAUUGCCUUCUUCAAUGAACUGAAGCAAGACACACACACGGCAAUAAAGCACUACAAGCAGGCGUAUGGUCAUGUCCUGGAGUUGAGAAUGCAUGACACCAACAUCUUGGAGAACAAAAACAUUGCUGGAUACAUCAACUAUAAGAUAUGCAGGCUGUCAUUCCAACACAAUGCACCACUUGAUGGUAUUGCUCAGUUCAGGAAGCAUAUUGACUUCUUCAAAUCCAGGGUUGGAAUUGCAGACCUAGCAUUUGAACACAGUGCAUGGAUGUCUAAACAGUUCCAGGUGUUUGGUGACCUGUUUGAUGAAGCAAUCAAACUUGGGCUCACAGCCAUCCAGACCCAACAUCCGGGCUUCUACUACCAGCAGGCUGCCAACCACGCCAUCGCACGCAAACAUCUCGCCCGAGGAACUUGCAAGGCUCUUACUUCACCAUUGAGCCCAGACCCGCUGGAAAGUCUUGCUAAUCUGGACUUCUAUGGCCAGCGACCCUGGAGGCAGGGACACCAGAGUAUUGACCCCCCUGACCAGCAAAGAGAGAAGGAAGGGAUUGCAGCCCUCCAGGCCCAGGAACUUAAGGAGGAUCACUCUUGGCUGAUCAUUCCCCUGUUAAACAGUGCUGUGGCUCAGUUUAAGAAGUAUAAGUCCUUACGGAUGAAACGAUUCCUCAUGGUGCAGAUGGGAGAAGAAUAUUUCCAUGCCAAGGACUACCAGAGAGCCCUAAUGUUGUUGAGCAAGGUGACAUGGGAGUACCGUGGAGAACGCUGGUGGUCCCUGCUUACCUCCAUUCUUACCACAGCCCUCAAGUGUGCCUACCUGACUGGCCGCCUGCAGGACUACGUUGUCAACUGUGUUGAGCUCAUUGGACCUUAUACUACAUGUUCUGUGGAAGAGAAAACACGAAUACAAAUGAACCUUCUGCGUGUCAUGUCUAAUGAUGCUCCUGAUGCAGAGCCUGGGCUGGACAGUGGGUGUGUGGAGAAGGCCCGCUCCCUGUGGACCCCCACAUCGGAACCCUUUGUGUUUAAUGUGGAGAUGCAGAACAUUGUGCCAUGUGUUGAGUGUAAGGCAAGGUUCACGUCGUUGACAGUGGCCGCGGAUGAGGAGGUGGGGCUUGAGGUCUACAUCAGAGUUCGCUGCCCCUUUCCUGUCAGGUUUUCCAAAGUCAGCGUCUCGCUCAACAACCCGAUGUACAACCAGUACCUGGAGGUGAUCGAUGGUCAUGGUAUCUCUGCGGCAUCAGAGGGUGAGAGUCGGGAGGGGAACUUGUACCUGGUCCCUGGCACCACACGACGUUACUCGUUCUCCUUCCUCCCCGUACAGGAGGACGUGGGCAGUCAGCUUGAGAUUACUGGUGUAUGUGUGGUUUUGGGUUCUGAGACCGCUCGUUGUGGUGUUAUGACAUGGGUGGGGGCCGGAGGGGAUGCCCUACCCCCUAUACAGACUGCCCUCACACUCCUGCCCAGGAAACUCCGCUUACACACUAUAGACUGGGACCAGAUCGACACAGACAGUGUCACAAAGAUAGUAUCAAGACCAGCGCACUUGGACAUCUGUCUCCAGCACGAGGCUCCGAGUCUGCAGAACGAGUUUUACCAGAUCCGUGUGGUCGUCCAUAACCGUGAAGACACCGCCAUCACCAAUGUCAGUCUGUGUGUCACAGUUCCUGAGAGGGAUGACUUUGAUAGGGCCACCCACCUGAGUGUUGACCUGCCAGAGUUUGAUGGCCAUGUGGUUGGGCGGCUGGCCUACAUUGACCUUGGCUCACUCGAACCUGCAGCAGAGACGGCCAAAAACAUCUUUGUCAAAUGUCUCCAAACGGGGCCAAAACUUAUUACAUUCCAAGUCGAUUACAGCAUAGAUGUUAAGGCCAAGGGGCAUGUGAUCCCAUGUGAAUGCAGCAAGCUGGAAUCACUCACCUUGAACACUGUCAGCGCCUUUGAGGUCUCUGUCAAACUCAUGAACAUGAAGUUUGAGACAAUCGAGGCUGUACAGGCAGAGGAGCCAUUCCUGCUGAUGCCAGAGCUGAAAUGUACAUCCCCCUGGCCCGUGGACAUCCAGGAUAGUGACCUGCAACUGAAUAGUUACAUUGCGAAAGAAGAUGAGACCAAGUCACAGCUACCUGGAGUGUGUCUGGAAAAGAGUGAGUGUGCGGCGGAGUGUUACUGUCUCACGUCAGCCAACACCGUUCCUGCCUCCGUCAACCUCGGCAGCUAUGUGCUCCACUGGAAAAGGCGCCAGUCUGACAAGGCCGGAACUAUAGAGCAUCCUUCCGUGACGAGCCUGUUUUCCUUGCCAACUGUGAGCGUAGAGCAUGUGCCACUGUCCAUUGACCUCCAGCUGCCUGCCUUCGGAAAGAUGAAGUGCCUGCUACCCAUCUGCUACAUGAUUACAAACCGCACGGGAUUCCCACAAGAGAUCGAGGUGAACAUGGAGGCCAGCGAGGCUUUCAUGUUCUCUGGGAAUAAACAGGUUCAUUUCCGGUUGUUACCUGGGAAACCAUAUCAGCUGACGUACAACCUGUUUCCACUGGUGGCCGGGCACGUCUCUCUGCCCAAACUUCACCUUAACAUGACACGAUAUGCUGGAACAAUGGACCCAAUCGUGCAGAAGAUGCUUCCAUCACAUAUAUUCAUUAAGCCCCUCGGCAAGAAGCAACCUGGGGAGAAAUAACCAUGACAUGGCAACGGUGUUGAAUUACAUUCCUUGAUGUUUGUGUACUAUGGCUGGUUGUUGACUGGUGUGUAACAGUGUGCUAGUGCUUUAAAUGCUUAUUGAUUAAUGAUCAUAAGGUGUGUUAAAAGCAUGUGAUGUUGGUUGUGUGAUCAGUUGUAUGUACUCCAGAAUAUCUUCCCUAGUAAAUAUAAAAUUUUUAAUCAACUUACAUGCAAAUGUAUAUUACAAAGUGUGAAUACUCUUACUUAUUGGUAAAUAUUUCAAUGUAAUCAUUAUGUAAUUCUGUAAUAAUCUUUUAAGAUGUCUCAAAUUGUUCUUGUAGCAGUUAUAACACUCCUUACCUGUGGACAAGGACAUUAGUUAUUAUUUUGUCAAAGACCAUUGACAUGUAUGUGGUCUCCAUAUUAUUGUUGAUGAUGAUUCACUAAUAAAUGUUUGUUGCUGCUCCCAUGUGCAAUAUUUGUCUUAUUAAAUUAAGUAUACAACC